UUUUUAAUUAAACGGAAUAUUUUUAUAAAUUUACAGAAUACGAAUAAAAUGAAAAUAAGGGAGUAAAAGAUUCAAGUUCCAAAUCAGGGUACUUUUUACAAAUAAAAUUAGAAAUGAAGUAUUUUUUUUUAAAUUCCCACGAUGAAUUGGAUGAUCAAUUAGGAUAUACUUCAAUAUGAAGUUGGUGAACAGAAUGCCUCCUAGAUUCUUAACAUUUCUGUUAAAUUUUAUAUCGGCUCAAACCAGUUUCAGUUAUUUUAUAUUGGUUCAAACCAGUUUGAGCUACAUAUAACCUGCAACAUCCUUCAGCUUUUGUUCAAUCAAUCACCCAAUCAUUACUUAAAUCAUAUUGAAAAGAUCUACACUCUGUGAGUGAUUCAGAUUCCUGAGUCCUGAUUAAAUAGAAAAUGGACAAGAUUAAGCUAGUGUUAUUGCUGUUACUAACAGUAGCAAUCAGACACAUCCAUUGUUUAAGCAUUGGGUUCUAUGCUAAGCGAUGUCCGAGAGCAGAGAACAUCAUUUCAAGAUUAGUCUGGUUAGCUUCCCGGCGUGACCCUUCGCUUCCGGCUGCACUAUUGCGACUCCAUUACCACGACUGCUUUGUUGGAGGUUGCGAUGCUUCAGUGUUGUUAGAUAGUGCUUACGGGUACCCACCGCCUGAGAAAAUAGCGUCCCCGAAUCAGAGUCUUAGAGGGUAUGAAGUAGUGGACUUGAUUAAAAGAGUCCUGGAAUCUGUGUGUCCAUUAACAGUCUCCUGCGCAGAUAUUCUUGCUCUAUCUGCCAGAGACGCUGUUGCUUCUGCUGGUGGGCCGCAUUGGAAAAUCCCGACAGGAAGAAGAGACAGCCGAUUAUCGUCUGCUUUGAUAGCAGAAAUCAGUAUGCCACGUCCUUUAUCUUCCCAAGCUGAACUCAAGAGUACAUUCUUUCACCAUGGAUUAUCUGAAGAUGAAUUGAUCACACUCUCUGGUGCUCAUACUAUAGGUCUGGCUCACUGCAAAUCCAUUUGGGAUAGACUAUACAAUUUUGGCAGUGGAAAGCUAACAGAUCCAAGCAUGAACAGGAAUUAUGCAGCACUUUUGAAAAUGAUAUGCCCAAGGAAUAACCGUAACUCGAGAAUGGUGGUUCCCCUGGACCCUGUAUCUCCAUUCAAAUUCGAUAACACUUAUUAUAAGAAUCUAGAGAAGGGCUUUGGCCUUCUAGCUUCUGAUCAGAUUAUCAUACACAACAAAAUGGCUAGUGAAUUUGGCCGCAACGCAACCCUAUGGAGAGACAGAUUUCGUAAGGCCAUGAUCCAUUUGAGUAUUCUCAAUGUGAAGGAGAAUAAUCGAGGAGAGAUUAGGAGAAAUUGUCGUCGACGGAAUUAGUUAUAUUCCAGUUGAUAUGAAGUAGACUAUACAGAAAUUUACUCGAGAAUUUUAUUAUUAUUGAAUUUAAGGAGCUUUUCAGAUUUCCUUGAACUUAUUGUUUGUACUGAAAAUACAACUUCAUUCUAAGUAUAAGUUAUAAAUAUAAAGUUUCGGAGUUUCAGAAUAA